AUGGUCUCCUUCACCACUCUCAUUACCGCUGCCCUCGCUGGCAUGACCUUGGCUUCACCCGCCGAGAGACGUUCAAGCUCAGACUCAUCAGACCUCGUCUGUGGCGGUCUCCUCCAGCCCCUCGCCGGCUUCCUCGACUACCAGUCUGGCAAUGUGGGCGGCAACGUUGAGAAUGUUCUCGCUGCGGCCAGCGACAUCCUCUCCCAGGCCGACCUUCCCUCCGACGUCGAAAGCAUCAUCAACAGCGUCACUGGUGGUAUCGUUGGUUCCGUCACCAACGGCGUCAGCAACGUGCUCUAUGGUCUCAGCACUGCAGCCGACAAUGUUGACCCCCAAUGCAAGCAGAAUGCUGCUUACUGCACCAACGAAUUGAGUGCUGCUGCUGGCGCUUGUGCGGCUGGUCAGUCUGCCCAGGCUCAGGAUGCUUGUUUGCAGGCCAAGUACACUUGCGCCCGCAAUGGAGUUCUUGAUGCCAGCGGUGUGAACAAGGUUGCUUCUUGCUGUUCGCAGUACACUGGCUCUGCUGCUUCUUCGUAA